GUGUCAGAGCGGCUUCAGACCUGAACCAUGGAGGACUCUGAGUGUCUGCCUCUGACCGUAGAGGGGAACUGGAGCUCAGUUCAGAGUAAAACGGUGAAAAACAAACUACUGCUUUACUUCCAGAGCAAGAAGAAGUCCGGAGGAGGAGAGUGCCGGGUGGAGGUGGAGGAGGAGGCGCCCAGAGCCUCCGUCUUCUUCCGAUCAGAGGAGGUCAGAGAGAGAGUCCUUGCAAGGAAACAUCAUGAGAUCAUCAUAGACAACAAGCCUCUGACGUUACAGCUGAGCUCUGAACCUUCACAGACUCCAGCGGACAACAAGGACGAUGGUUCAGAUUCUAAGGACCAAAGAUCUGAGCCUACAGCUGAAGAAGGAGCUUCUGGAACAAACCAGAGAGAUUGUGAGUCGGAUUCGAGCUCUGUUGCGGUUUUGGAGAACGUCUCAGAGAGCAUGUCUCAAGAUUUGCUACAGAUGUUGGUGGAGACCAUCUGUGGAGUGGAGGAGAAUGACUACAGUCUGGAGAUCAUCUGGGAAUCCAACACAGCUGUGGUGACCUUCAACAGUCCUUCAGAUGUGGAAAAGUUCAUCUCUUCGAGUCAGACCAGCUCAAAGAUGAAGAAGAAUGGAUUGAAAGCUCGGCCACUAGGGGCAGCAAAGAGCAUCAGAAUGGAGAGGAUUCCUUCAAAUGUGCUCAAAGACAUGAUUGAACUUUGGUUUGAGAAGAACUGGGAGCUACCACAGGAUGUCGUCAUGAUACCAGAGGAGCAGGCGGCCAUUGUUACUUUUAAAGACCCCAAAGUUGUGAAGAGCAUUUGUGUCAAAGAAGACCAUGACAUGCGUUCCAUUUCCGUCAAGUUGUAUCCCUACUAUGAUGAAUUGGGAACAGCUCUGUAUGGCAAAGAGCGGCCUGCAUGGAAGAUGCCAGACCCCAUCAUCGAGAAGGUUCAACCCCAGAUCUGGAAGUUCCUCCAAAUGAAGAAAAUGCUGCAAAGCAUCAAUGAUCAAAUGCGUCCACAUUUUUGUAGCGUAGAUUUGGAACGCCCAGAUGUGAAACUCAGUCCACUGUCAUGUUUUCUGAGGCAGAAAGGUCUGACUGGUAACGACAUAGAUAACUGGGCCGGGUUGGCUCGGGCCGCCUUCUGCAAAGUCAUGUCUGAGUACUCAGCCUUCGAAUGUGACGUGAACGCAGAAGCGUGGAAAACUGCUGAAAGAGAAGUCUGUUCAAUUGUAAAGGAAGAUGCCUUGGUGGACUUUGAUCCAUCCAGAGAAGUGGUGACCAUUGCCUGCAGAGCUGAUGAUAUGAAGAAAAUCCGAGCUCCUGUUGAGAACUUCGUCCUUAAGUUAAUGAGUCAGAUUGAAAGAGAGACCAAAAGUAUAACUGAGAGUAUGGACAUUUCUCCUGCUUAUUACUACAUUCUAGUCCAUGAGGGACUGCAGAAAGCUGCCUUGGACAUUUCCAAUGAGUUGAAGGUAUCAUACAAUGAAGGCUCAUGGAAGUUGUCCAUUACAGGACUGACAGCAGAAGUGUACAAAACCAAGUCCUGGAUCUUAGAGAAAAAAUUUCAAAUUAAACAGAAGCCUCUAAGUAUUCCUCCAGGCCUUCUGGAAUACCUCCGGACAGUGGAUUCCAUGGAUAUGUCAAAGAGAAUGUUUACUUCGCUUGGCAUUAGUGCUAUCUAUGACAUUGACCAAACAGGUAUUUUCUUACUAGGAAGCUCUGACAGAGCCCUGGCUGAUGCUGAGAGUAAGAUGAAGAAAGAUUUAUCUGUGCAGAAUUUGGAUGUAAGAGAUCAGGAAGUUUUAAAGCGUAAGGAUUGGAUGGACCUGUGCAGAAACCUCUUAGACACCUACAACGUCUCCAAUAAGAAAACUGUAAUCAUAUGGAUUGACCCAGAGAGAAGAGACAAAGUAACAGUCGUAGGUUUCACCAUUCCAGUCAAAGAGGUCAGCCUCAGUUUGCGGAAAUUCAUUGAUGACUACUCACACGUUCGCGAGAUAGUUCGCGUUGAGUCCUGUGCUGUUGCUCAGUUCAUAGAGAGGAAAAAAGAAGACAUUUGGUCUAGAGUUGCCAAAGACUACAAGGUGUCCAUAAUGUUUGAUCCAGAAAGACCAAAGAUCACCAUCAGUGGGGCUCAUGUUCAUGUCCAGACAGUUAGAUCACACCUUAUGGAGUUGUCAGGUUCUCUCUUUGCUGACACCUUAACUGUUGACAAACCUGGAGCCAAGAAGUAUUUCCAGUCCCAAGGAAGCAUUUUCCUGACUCCAGUAAUGACAGAGUUCAGCUGUGUGGUGAUGCUUCAGCCAGAUGUUCAGGAUGAUGAAGAGGAGGAGGAAUGGAGCUUUGUAGAAGAGACUGGCCUGGUAAUCUACUGCAAAGUGAGAACAGCCAAUGGGGUUCUUGUUUCUGUCAGUAGGGGAGAUAUCUGCAGCCUUAAUUUUGACGCUGUUGUCAAUGCAGCCAAUGAGGAUCUGCAGCACAUUGGCGGUUUGGCUUUGGCCCUGCUGAAAGCUGCUGGACCGAAGCUGCAGACGAUCAGUGAUGACUAUGUGGCUAAAUAUGGCAAAGUACGUCCAGGAGAGGCAAUUGUAACAGAAGCAUGCAAUCUGCCCUGCAAGUACGUCAUACAUGCAGUUGGUCCUCGGUACUCUGAAUUUGACAAGAACACAGCAAUAUUCCGUCUAAAGUCUGCAGUUAAAGAAUGCCUGAAACAAGCAAAAAAGAAUAACUGCUCCACCAUAGCAUUGCCAGCAAUCAGCUCUGGUGUGUUUGGUUUCCCGGUGGAACUUUGCACUGAGACCAUCGCCCAGGCUGUGCGUGAAUACUGUAGCCAUCCUUUGGGUCCAGGAUCCAUAACUGAGAUUCACCUGGUGGACAACAAUGACGCCACUGUUAGGGUGAUGGCAGCAGCUGUCAACAAGGAGUUCAUCGAUCUUGGACCCACCAUGACACUUCCACAGCAGGCGGGAGGGAGGAUGGCAGGAGCUUCAGGCGGACAUCAGAGAGGAAAAGGGAGAGGUCAAUGGUCUGGUAAAAGAAGAGGAGGAGAAGGAGAUGGAGGAAGAGGAGGUGGAAGAGGAGGAGGAGGAAGGCGUGGAGGAAGAGGAGGAGGUAGAGAAGGAGGUGAUCAAGGGAAUUAUCAGGCUAACUGGGGAGGUCAUAACUCCAGAGAAGAGAACACAUAUGGAGACCGUGGAGGGCCAAGAGGGUUGGAGCAGAUCACACCUGCUGGUCUGAAGAUUGUUCUCUGCCAAGGAAACAUCCAGGACCAAACUACCGACGUCAUCGUAAACUCUGUGGCAGAGAACAUGAACCUGAACCAGGGAGCUGUUGCCAAAGCCAUCUCUGAGGCGGCAGGUGAAAACCUGCAGAUGGCCAUCCUCACUGAGGCCGGAGUUUCCACGCUGCAGUUCGGGGACGUGGUCAUCACUGACGGAUUCAACCUCCAGUGUCAGAAGGUCUUCCAUGCUGUUUGCCCAUUUUGGAGCAACGGGGCCAGGCAGGCAGAGAAGGAGUUAACAGACAUCAUCAGCUACUGUCUGGAGGAGGCAGAGAAGCAGAGGAUGAAAUCUCUUUCCUUCCCAGCACUUGGGACUGGAAACCUGAGCUUUCCCAAAGACGUGGUGUCCAAACUUCUGCUGAAGGAGAUCCACUUGUUCAGUCGCAGCAGCUCACCUCGUUUCCUGAAGGAGGUGGUGAUCGUGGUUCACCCCAGUGACCGUGAGACUGUUGCUUGUUUCACCAGAGAGUUUGGUGGUGAGACGACGCAAAGGAACGUCCAGCAUGAAGCAGAGAGUUCAAACAGGAACAGAUCUGCAGCUCAGCAGCAGCGUGGGCGAUUUCAGCAGCCAUCCUCAUCAGCCUCCUUCAGCACUGUCUCGUCUCCUUCCCUCGGCGUCUACAAGAUGCAGAUGGGUCAACUCACCCUUGAGGUGUCCUCAGGAGACAUUACCAAGGAGGCCUGUGAUGUCAUCGUCAACUCCUCCAAUCAGAACUUCAACCUUCAAGCAGGAGUUUCCAAGGCCAUCUUGGACAGCGCUGGACCAACAGUUUUAAUGGAGUGUGCACAGAUGGUGAAUUCUCCGGGCUAUACACCUCGUGGGAUGAUCAUGACCACAGGUGGUCUGCUCCCCUCCAGAAACAUCAUCCAUGUAGUCGGUCAGAAUGAUGCUGUUAAGAUUAAAGAGAUUGUUCAGGCAGUCCUGAAGCUCUGUGAGGAGAACAAGUUCAGCUCAGUCGCCUUCCCAGCUCUAGGAACAGGUCAGGGAGGUGUCAGCCCAUCGGCGGUAGCCGACGCCAUGGUGGGUGCAGUGGUGGACUUUGUGAGGAAGAAGCACCCGAAGUUUGUUUCCAGCGUGAAGGUCCUGAUCUUUCAGACCGCAAUGAUCACUGAUUUUCACAACAGUAUGAAGAAGAGGCAGGGAGAAGAGGUGGAGGAAAAGAGCAUAUUCAACCAAAUGAAAGAUUCAAUCUCUUCAUUUUUUGGAUUCGGCACAGAGGAGAGGAUCAGGUCCAACUUUGUUCUGGAGAAAGAGGAGUUUGAGCCGGCAGUCUUUCAACUAUGUGCUGGCAACCAACGGAAUUUGAGCCUGGCCAAGAAGAAGAUAAGUGAUCUUAUUCUACUGGAGCAGGCCCAGAGAACCAUUGAUGACCAGUACAUUAACCAGUUAAGUCAAGAGGACAUCAAAGAGCUGAAUUCCCUGCAGAAGAAGCUGACAGUGAGCAUCCGUCUGGAAAGAGGACGGGAAGACCAGGAGCCCAGGAUCCAACUGGAGGGUCUGACUAGAGACGUCUUAACAGCCGAGUCAGACAUCAGGAACAUCAUCCGGAAGGUGGAGAGAAGUGAGAACUUGAGGAACAAAGCCCUACUGGUGAGUGGGCUGGUAGAGUGGAAGUUCCUAAAACAAGAUGGAUCAAUGGAGUCCUUUGACAUCCACACCAACCUCCAGCUUGAAGAAGCUUUUGAGAUGAAACAAAGUGUGAAGAUUAAAAUAAAAAAUGAAACAUUCAGUGCUGAUCCAUGGCUUAAAAGGGCUGCUUCCUCCAAGAGACAGAAGCAGAUAGAGCUGAUGAGAAAAGACUUGAAAGCCAAUGAUGCUCCACUGCCUCAACACUGGGAAGACAUGAAGGACAUCAUUGUGAAGCGGGUUCCCCUGACUGCUGGAUCUCAGGAAUACAAAGAUGUGGUAGCAGAACUCACCAACCAUGGACUUGCUUUGAACAUCAUACAAAUCGAACGGAUCCAAAACACGACUCUCUGGCAAAGCUACCAGCUCCAGAAGAAACUAAUGGAGGUGAAGAACAAGCACACCAACAAUGAAAAGCUGCUGUAUCAUGGCACCGGGGCAACUUCCAUUGACCUCAUCAACUCUAAGGGCUUCAACCGGAGCUACGCAGGAGCACAUGGUGCCAUGUAUGGUAAUGGCUCUUACUUUGCUGUUGAUCCUGCAUAUUCAGCCAGAGGUUAUGCUAAACCAGACAAUCUGGGUCAUAAACGCAUGUACCAGGCCCGGGUUCUCAUUGGAGACUACACUAGAGGAAAAUCUGGCCUGAUCGCCCCCCCAGCCAAAUCUGGCACUGGUGCAGACCUUUAUGACAGUGUAACUGACAAUGCGAAUAAUCCCUCAAUGUUUAUUAUUUUCCAUGAUACUCAGGCAUAUCCAGAAUAUCUAAUCACAUUCACAUAAGUGUUCAGCUCUUGUGAAACAAGACAAUAAUCUCUGUCU